AUGAGUAGCAAGCUUUGGGAAUAUUUUCUGCGCGAUGAUGUCGACAGUUUCCAGCGGUUCUUGGCAACCGCCAGUUACACAACUGGCAGCCAGCGGACCCCGGGAUCUGGAGGUCCUCCUACCUUCAAGGCCGGGACCCCCGGAACUAUCACGGCUUCUUCCCCUGGCGUCUCAUCAAAAAACAGGAAACUAAAUGGGACGUCUCCUGGGAGUUCGACGACCCCAGAUAAGGGCAGUGGUCCGCGAUCGGGCAGGGCUCUGACUCGGGAGGAUUUGAACGCGCGGGACCAGCUUGGCAGGACCCUCCUCCACCUUGUGGUAUCUUCAGCAAAACCUUCGGCGGUACGAUUCGCCAUCUCGCUUCUCGAAGUGCCUUUUCUGGACAUCUACGCGCAGGAUUGGGAGAGCGGCUGGACAGCUUUGCAUCGGGCUUUGUACGCCGGGAAUGUCACGAUUGCCCAAGCCUUGAUAUCCCGAGACGUACGCGAUGCAACGGAUUUUAGUAAACUGGGGACGUCUGUCCAUACAGGAGGGUUGAUUAAGAUUAAAGACCGGGAGGGAAAUAGUCCUUUCGAUGUUUAUGGGGCUACGAUUACAUCUCGUGACAUCAAACGCAUUGUCUCUCCCGCGGUCCCAGAUUCUUUAUUCACGGAUCUAGAUCAUAGCGAUGUGGCAUCUAUUGAAUCCCCCCAAGACGAUGAUUCAGACGAGGACGGUCUCAUUGGACGAGGCCUUUUAAAACCACGGACAAAUUUGCUUGCUGAUGAAGUGUACACGUUUGGAAGCAACAAAAACUUAAAUCUUGGUGUUGGAGAUCAGGAUGACCGUCAAUUUCCGGAGAGGAUAUCCGUCAAACGUCCAUAUCAUCUCUUGCAGCGGUUCCAUCGAGAAUACGAAAGGCGAAAAACCAACGUCACCGGGUCUGAUCUAUAUCUCGAGCAGACCAUGGAUUUGCCAACCCUGAUCAAAAACAGAGCUAUCAAAAUCCAGGACAUAGCUAUGUCAAAACUCCACACAGCCGUCCUUACGAACGAUCCGCAGUCCAAUCUCUUUCUGUGCGGUUUUGGUCCCGGUGGACGACUAGGCACCGGUGACGAGUCAACCAGAUUUGGUUUUGUCUGUAUUGAGACAGGAGGGCUUGCCAAUAAGAAAAUUGUUAGCAUUGCUCUCGGUCAGGACCAUACUCUUGCUAUCACUGCCCAAGGGGCAGUCUUCAGCUGGGGAAGCAACAAAUAUGGCCAGCUAGGUUACAGCCUUCCCAGGACUAAAAAUAAGGACGACGUGCCCAUUCAAAACGUCCCUCGACAGAUUUUCAACCCCUUCAAGAAGGAAGUUAUACUAGGGGCAGCAGCAUCGGCAAUUCAUUCGGUUGUCUUCAGCACUUCGGGUCUUUACACUUUCGGCAAAAAUGAGGGCCAACUUGGACUUGUUGAUUCGGAUGCCCGGUCACUUGAAAUUCAAACAACACCCCGGCGUGUGGGGGCCUCACUAUUCAGCGCUGUCAUACACAGCGUGUCCGCUAUCGAUCAUGCCACUGCUGUUCUUCUUCAAAGCCAUGAAGUUUGGGUGUUCUCCCAAUAUGGCUAUUCGAGGCUCUCAUUUCCUCUUGAUGUCAGCUCCAGUUUCAUCAGAGACAGCUUCAUGACAACCCGAUACGGCAACUCAGUCAAUGAGAUCGUCAAAAUCAGAUCUGGGGGCAAUACCAUCUGCGCAUUGUCCAGCUAUGGUGAAGUUUUUACUGUCCAGGUCAAUAAGAUGGAGAACCCACCACCUUUAACAUCUACGACGAACCCAACCAAGAUACGCAAUUCUUUAUCCCAGCCGUCUCGAGUGUGGUCUAUGAAGAAGACGCACAUGGCUGUCACAGAUGUCGACGUUGGACAAGAUGGUUCAAUUAUCAUUUCCACAGCGAAUGGUUCCGCAUGGCGGAAGGAAAAGCGUCGGAAAAUUAAGGACGGGUCAUCGAAGGACUACAAGUUCGCCCGAAUACCUGGACUGUCUCGAGUUGUGGGAGUAUGCAGCAAUGCAUUUGGUGCUUACAUAGUUGCGCAACGGGACUAUGAUGUAACCAAAGAGCAGAUCACUGUCGGUCAAAGCACGUUGUCCAGGGAUUUCAUACCGAUAUCGCCUUUUCGCUCUUUCAUGUUGACUGAUCAUACUGGCUUCGAUAUUUUUCAGGACGACUCAUUGGGCCUGGAGUCUGCCAUGUCUAUAAAAGCUGCAAUUAUGUCAGCAACAGACGUUGAGUCUUUUGUCCACACUCUGCAGAAUGAGGUGCCCAGCGGGAGAGUUUGGCUUAAGACAACCCUCUCCGACAUUAGAAUCCCUGUGCAUGAAUUCAUUUUAGCUGGGCGCAGUCCUAUCUUGAGGAAAGGUCUUCGUGAUUUCCGACUUGCCGAUACCUUCUCCAUACCAGAAUCCCUGACAAUUGGACGUGGGGAUGAAGGAUGUACUCAAAUUGUGUUCCAAGGGUUUGAUUUAUUGACUAUCUUGAAUCUUGUCUUCUUCUCAUAUACGGACGAUGUACUUGAUGUCUGGCAGCAUGCUCGACAGACGCCCGAAAACGCUUCCAGAUAUCGUCAGAUCCGCACUGAAGUGAUGCGCAUUGCGACGGUUCUGGAUCUGCCAACCUUGGAGAGAGCUGCUAGGCUUAUGACCGAGCCUACUAAAGCUCUGGAAGCCGAUAUGGCGCGUGCAAUACUAGAUCCUGCUUUCUUUGAAAGCGGCGACGUGAUAGUUGACCUGAACGGCGACGCCGUGAAGGUCCAUAGCCAAGUCAUUUGCCAAAGGUGUCCCUUUUUUGAUGCACUAUUUCAUGGUCGCUCGGGUGGUAAGUGGCUAGCAUCCCGGCGUGCAGACGCAGCAGACAACAUCCAUGUCGAUCUUAAGCACAUUGAACGACCAAUAUUUGAGUUUGUUCUUCGAUAUAUGUAUGCGGACACCGAAGACGAGCUCUUUGAUGAAGUGCGAACAAAGGACCUGGACGAUUUCAUUGGUGUCGUGCUCGAUGUUGCGUUUGUAGCCAAUGAGUUAAUGAUCGAUAGGCUGGCCCAAAUAUGCCAGAAGAUGCUUGGUAGAUUUGACGAGCAUUUGCUUUAUGCACUUGACCAUGUCUGCCAUGAGAACCAGUUGGCAGCUUACCCUAUAUCUCGAGGACGCAAUUCGGAGGCUUACGUUUUUGAAAAGUAUCCAGAACUUGCCUCUUUGAUAGAUAAUGACAAGCGCCGGAGAAUCGAUUCUAUGAGGCUUAGGUCCCAUGUCAACCGGAUUGAAGCUCACGAGGGAAGACUACGUUCGAUGAAUAAUGAGACUGUUGUGUCCCCGCUCGCACAAAAAACUAAGCCUACUACCUUUUCAAGAGAAACCCUGGCUGCCUCUUCACUCAGUCCUGCAUUAAGACCGAAGCCGUCAAGCAGUGACCUGAUGUUUCCAAUGGACGAUGACAGCCUACUAUUACCCGGUGAUUCGAUAAAGGGCAAAGCAGCAAUACGAGGGACGAGGCAGACUGGUACAAGUGAAAGCCGGUCGCAGAUCGACUCAUCUGCCGCUAGCCCUGGCCUGCCUGAGUCAGAUUCCUUUGGCGAUCAAAGCUAUUUUGAUGCUCAGAUGGCUUCUUCCCAUGGUACAGCUCUCGGCGAAUCCCAUCCUGAAUUCCGUGCUGCUUCACUCAGUAAUAGGAGAGACGAUGCUCAAUCGGCAGCAACCUCUUCUCAGGGACCAUGGAGCGCGGAGAUUCAGACGUCCAAGAAAAAUAUGAAAGAAAUUAUGAGCGAGGCCUCGGAAACUCGGGUGUCAAAUCUCAGCCUAGGCAUGUCUGAUCGCCGAGAAAGCAGCAGUAAUUUCACCCAAAAGCUAUCACAGAAAGAACGCAAGAAAAUCCAGCAACAACAAUUGCAGGAGAUGCUUUCUGCUCAACAGAAGACCAAGGAAGCACCCCAGAAUCCUUGGAAACUGCCUACAUCAAAUCAAACCCCGAGCAAACAGUCACCUUUAGCGAGCGUCAAAGGACAAGAUAGCGCAUCCUCGGAAGGUGCGAAAUCAGUUUUAAGGCCCUCAAUGACUAUUCGCCAGACGGUUGCCGGAACACCCCCUCCCUCCAAAGCUAGUAGUGGAACGACAACGCCCGUCCAAGUGCAAAGCUGCAGUGUGUCCAAAAGCGUUGGACCAUCCUCAAGGACCUCCGUUUCCGGCCCUUCUGCGGCACCGUCUUUCCCGUCUCCAAACCCUUCGGCCAACGCUCAACCCCCAAUCCAGUCAAUACGGCACAUCCCACGGCCUGAGCCAUAUCAAGUCAGUUUCCAUUCUGCCUCGCCCAACUCAAUGUCAUUAGCUGCCAUUUUCAUGCAACAGCAAACCGAAAAGGAUGAGAUCCGCGAAGCAGCAACGGCCAAACACAACCUUGAAGACAUCCAACUAGAGCAGGAAUUCCAAGAAUGGUGGGAUAAGGAGAGUCGACGAGUCCAGGGCCUACCAGACCCGAACUCUACCACCACUACAACUACAACCCAGCAAGAAGAAAGAGAUCCCCGGAGCCGAGGAGGCCGUGGAAAGGGAUCUGGACCGCGCAAGAGACACGGAAAACCGACUCCGGCCGCGAGGACCACUGCUCCGAGCGUUUCGGCAUUAACCCAUCAACUCCCACGGAAUACCGACUUCGAACACGCACAGAAAGUGAACCCCUCUACUCGUCGAGACCACCAUCCUCGUUCAUCAAGUGGGAAUCACACAGAACCCACCGAUAAUCAUGCCCGUCGUGGUGGUCGUGGCGGUGCUCGUGGCAGGGGGAAAGAUCGCGCCGAGAAAAGAUCAUAA